UGAAAUAUAUCAUUUCGGAAUGAUCAAUAAAGACUGAAAUUCAAUCAAUCUCCUUUCAUCAGAUUCAAUAAGCUGUUUUCAACGUAGUUAUUUUUCGUUUUGUUGCAGGAUGGAUUUUAAUUCGUCUAUUACACCAGGCUUUUGUCCGGAUUGCGGCUCUAUAUUACCUCUGUUACGAAUGACCGGAAAUGUGACCUGCUAUAAUUGCCACAAAAGCUACAAUGAAGCAGUUUUUGGAACCAUGGAAGUAGGAUACACAAUUCAGUUCAAUUCGUACGAGAACAAAAAAUCAGAUCAGCAAGAUAAUCCCAAUAGCGGUGUUGAUGAAGCCGAUGGACCAGUUGUGUCACGACGAUGCCCAAAAUGCAGCAACGAUAAGAUGUCAUAUGCGACCCUACAACUCCGAUCAGCUGAUGAGGGGCAGACAGUUUUCUUCACAUGUACCAAAUGCAAAUUCAAAGAGUCGGAAAACUCAUAACUGUCAUAUUCAUAAAAUGAUGAAUUGACAUAUUGCCGGAUGAACAGAGAUGUGAAAAAUGUAAAUACUGAAUAUCACAUGCAUUAUGGACGCAAAAAUUUGCCUCAGACACAGAUUGUCACAAUAAAUUCGUUAGAAAAAUA